GCGUAAUCGUUGUGUAGUUUUUUUCUGUUUGUUUUUUUUUUCAGGAGUGUGCAGCAGCUGCUCCAGUAAACUACUGCCAUCUUUACCUCAGCGUCACAGUUAGUUCAGAUUUUGGACCCAGACAAUGGCUGGCGACAACGAGGAAACCGCCCUGAAAGAAGCCAGGAGACGCGAGCGUCAGGUAACUUUGGAGAAUACAGACUCGGACAUUGGGUUUUGCGGCUGGCUGCUGGUCGGCCUCUCCCUCCUCCUCGUGCUGCUCACCUUGCCCUUAUCUAUCUGGAUGUGCAUCAAGAUCGUGAAGGAGUACGAGAGGGCCAUUAUCUUCCGCCUGGGGCGCAUUUUGCGCGGUGGAGCCAAAGGACCGGGUUUGUUCUUCAUCGUGCCGUGCACCGACAGCUUCAUUAACGUGGACAUGCGCACCAUCACCUUCGACAUCCCACCUCAAGAGGUUCUGACCAAAGACUCGGUGACAGUGAGCGUUGAUGGCGUGGUCUACUAUCGCGUCCAGAAUGCUACCCUGGCUGUGGCCAACAUCACUAACGCGGAUGCAGCCACGCGCCUGCUGGCCCAGACCACCCUGAGGAACGUGCUGGGCACCAAGAACCUGGCCGAGAUCCUGUCCGACCGCGAGGAGAUCGCGCACAGCAUGCAGUCCUCACUGGAUGACGCCACGGAUGACUGGGGAAUCAAGGUGGAGAGGGUGGAGAUCAAAGAUGUGAAGCUGCCCCUCCAGCUCCAGAGAGCCAUGGCGGCUGAGGCAGAGGCGAGUCGCGAGGCCCGAGCCAAGGUGAUCGCCGCCGAGGGGGAGAUGAACGCGUCGCGGGCGCUCAAGGAGGCUUCCCUGGUGAUCGCAGAGUCUCCGUCCGCCCUGCAGCUGCGCUACCUGCAGACCCUCAACACCAUCGCUGCCGAGAAGAACUCUACCAUCAUUUUCCCGCUGCCGCUGGAGAUGAUGCAGGGCUUCAUCAAACACUGAGGAGGCUACAAUCCACACACUAACACAACACGCAUCACCUGACACAUUACACAGUCUCUCCCUCUGUAACCUUCAGGUAACCGAGAUAUUCAUCGCACGG